ACAUGUACAGCCACUACAUGCUGCUCAAGUCCAUCCGCAACGAUAUCGAGUGGGGGGUCCUGCACCAGCCGCCACAGCCGGCGGGGAGCGAGGAGGGCGGCACCUGGAAGUCCAAGGACAUCCUGGUGGACCUGAGCCACUUGGAGGGCGCGGACACCGCCGAGGAGGACCUGGAACAGCAGUUUCACUACCACCUGCGCGGGCUGCACACUGUGCUCUCUAAACUCACGCGCAAAGCCAACAUCCUCACCAACAGAUACAAGCAGGAGAUUGGCUUCAGCAAUUGGGGCCACUGAGGAGGGUCGCCCACCGCUGACCAGCACCCUUCCCGGCCCCAUCUCUUACCCUCUCUUUUCUCAAAGCUAUUUUCUUUUUGGCUCUAGGGCGUGAUGGGCCAACGGCAAAUUUGGGGGGCUGAGUACGUGAAAGGUGUGCAGCAGGGCUGCAAGGAGGAGGGGGCCUCUUUUGGGAGAAGAGAAAAGAGAAGAGAAGAGAGAGAAGGGAAGGGAAG